AGAUUCCGAACGCGCAAACAAUUACCAUGACGAAAAACAAAAAUAUUUAAAAAAAAAUACACAACAGCAGAGAGACGCUGUUCAAGUGACAGGAGGGAGGACAGAACACCGAUUUCCAAUCCCUCUCCCGACUUUUAUCUACCACCUUGGACGGAAUGGCAGCAAAUAAAGACGACUCAGACAUUGACGAUAUUCUCGCCAACGAGGAAGAGCUCGAGAAGGCUUUUUGUGUGCUGGCUGGAAGCGACCCAGAAAAAUGCUCUUAUUCCCGGGGCUAUGUGAAGAGACAGGCUGUGUUUGCUUGCAACACCUGCACACCCAGUGCUGCAGAGCCUGCAGGGAUCUGUCUGGCCUGUGCCAAUAAAUGCCACGAUGGACAUGAUAUCUUUGAACUGUAUACCAAAAGAAAUUUUCGCUGUGAUUGUGGAAAUAGCAAAUUUGGGGAAUUCGAGUGCCAACUAACUCCUGCCAAAGAUGAGGGAAAUGUCAGAAAUCACUACAAUCACAACUUCAGUGGCUGCUACUGCACGUGUGACCGGCCGUACCCAGACACAGACGACCAGGCCAACGAUGAGAUGAUUCAGUGUGUCAUCUGUGAGGAUUGGUUUCAUAGCAGGCACCUGGGCUGCACUAUAGUCGAACCUGAGGAGCUACAAGAGAUGGUAUGUGAGGCCUGCAUGAACAAGGUUCCUUUCUUAUGGACGUAUGCUGCUCACUUUGCAGUACCACCUGUGAUCAGCGUCAGUCAUCCUGAGGAGGAGGUAGAAGUCGAUGUCGAGGAAGGAGCAGAAAAGGAAGAAGCCUCUGAGCCCGGUCAAAGUGGGAAUGAGGAACCGUCUACCAGUGCUGAGCACACAAAGCAAGAAGAAGCGGCAAACAGGAGUUCCCCUUGCAAACGGACGCACGAGGAAAUGAGAGGCAGCCCUGCAAAGGCCACAACCAAAACUGAGACGUGCAGGCUGAAUGAGCUGCAGGCCCAGGGGCUGGAGAGGCUGAGACAAGGAGCGGUGUUCUGGCCUUACAGUUGGCGCUCCGAGCUCUGCACCUGUACAAGCUGCAAGAAAGCCUAUGUGGCUGCAGAGGUGCAGUUUCUCAUGGAUCAGUCUGACACCAUUCUGGCCUACGAGAACAAAGGCUUGGAUGAGCCGUUUGGGCAGCACCCGUUGAUGGCACUGACAAACUCGAUGGACCGUAUACAGCAGCUGGAGGUCAUUUACGGUUUCAAUGAGCUGACAACUUCGAUCACUGCUUUUUUAGACCAGUGUGUUGCUGAAAGAAAGACGGUCACAGUCGAAGCAGUACAUCAGUUCUUUGAGGAGCUGCGGGCUAGAAAAAGACGCAGAACCAAUACAGGAUACCAGUAACACAGAGGCCACGCUGCUGUCAUAUGGUGCUUUGAAUGUAUGUGUUACUUGGAAGAUCACCCUUUUCUCUGUUGAAUAAAGGGCUUCUUGCUGCAACCUAAUGCUUGAACAAUUGGUGCAAAGAGUACUGACUUGUAUUAAGGGUUACUUCUAGGGUGAAGGAUUGGGAGAUUGAGUUUUGAGGUUAGAGGUUCAUGUCCAUUUUUUAUUGAUUAUAAUGAUGCCUUAACAUUUUAGCUCAUAAUGAAAGUUUACUUGAAACAUUUAUGAACAAAAUAAAUUGUUUCAGCACUGUAUGCUUUAAAAAGAUUAAAUUGUCUGGCUAUAAUGUUGAGUGUACUUCACAUGUCCAGUAUGACACUUUGACUGAGCUAAAUGUCAGUAUGUUUAAAUUGUUAAGACAACUUGUUUGUAAAAGUGAUGUGAAUAAAUAUCACUGUUUUAUGUGGAUUCAUGUUCCAAAUAAACUGAGAUCAAAUGAA